CUAAUUGGUAAAUCUUAUUCUUUCCUAAUCCAUUGUUGUUGCUGAGACGUCACUUCGCUUAUCACAAAGUCAAGAGUUUUCCUUUUAUAUAUUCGAACUUUACCAAAUCCGAUUGCCAAUUCCAGCUGUUGCAGCUGCCAAUUGCAGAAACAACAGUUAACCUGGGGGGGAAAAAACUUCAUUUCCAUGGAUCUUUCCAGUUUACAGAAUUGUUAUCUUGAUUCCUGUAGGAGGCAUGAGGUUCUUCCGAAUUCCGGGGUUCUAUCAUGGUUUUCUGAGGCCAAGGUUCAAAAGUCUUGUCAAGAGAAGUGUAACAUUGUGGUUUCUCUAAACCAGUUGAAAAAUGAUGAUAUUCCUCCACUGAUCGACGUAUUUCUAGCUAUAGACUCAUCUGAUAUUGAUGCUGUUCACAUCCGCCAUCAUGGACCAACUUCUGUUUUGAAUGAAGAACACAUACUUCCUUUGAUGAAUGCAAUCAAACUAAAGCUCAGAGUAAUUGAACUUAGUAACACAUCUCUAAAGAAGGACUUUCUCCGGGAUCUCUUCAAUGUUGGUCUGCCUUGCUGUGUUUUAAAGUUGAGGUCUAAUAGUAUCCAAAAGCUCGACAUGAUUGGAAGGUUUAUGCGGUUACACACCCUGAAUUUGGACUUCUGUACUUCACUCACUAGUUUGCAAAAAGACUGCUUUUCUUGCAUGCCAAGUCUGAUGCGUCUAUCAAUGUGUGAGACGAGAGUUGCUAAUCUCUGGACAACAACUGAAGUUCUAGCAAAACUUCCUUCUUUGUUGGAACUACGGUUCCAAAAUUGUUUGUGUUGCAAGGAUACUGGGCCUUGCCCGGUGUCAUCUAGCGAGAAAGAAAAACUUGAGGACAAGGAGCGCUCAAACGUGAUUAAUAUCUGUUCAUACAGUGAGGAAGACUCUUUUGGCACUGUAUAUGAUUCAUCAGAAGUUGAUGAACCUAAGUUUUUGGGUUUCCUUCAAAAACGAUUGGAAACAUUACCCAGUCUGCUUCAUAAUUUAUCUGCAGAGCUGAAACUGCAAAAUGAGAAGGAGACCCCGAAGAAAGUUUCCGGUACACUGAACCAAGAUAUUUGGCAUCAUCCUUCACCCAUAUGCUUUGAGAAACAUUAUAGGGAGUACAUGGUUGCUUCCUUACCUCGUUUAGCUGUAUUAGAUAAUCUGCUGAUCACAAAGAAGGAGAGGGAAACUUCGAAGACCAUCGUUUCAGACUUCUAUGAGUACUUGCCAUACAAACAUAACCACAAAAAAAGUGUUGUCAACAUUUUGCAGAAGCGUGAAAUGGGAACAAGUGGUAUUUACUGUCGAAGCUCUUCAAAACUGAAGCAGACUUACUGUUAUGGAAAGAGCCAAUGUUUCUUCUCAAGGUCUCUUAGUGCUGCUAGAUUCGGCUCUUCUUUGUGGCCCUUCUUACAUCCCGUAUCCAGCUUUAACCACAUAUCUAAAGGGGGAAAUAAACGGCUUCGUCCGAGGCAAUUUGAGUACCACCCUUCCAACUCCAGCCUUAUGGCUUUAGGAACUUUAGAUGGUGAAGUAGUCGUUAUCAAUCAUGAGACUGGGAAUCUUGUCGGUUAUAAUUCAUCUGUAGGAAUGAUUAACAGUGUUCUAGGACUCUGCUGGCUCAAGAAAUAUCCAUCCAAGCUUGUAGCUGGAUUCGACAGCGGUUGCUUGAAGUUGUUUGAUGUUAAUCAUAUGCUGGCCAAACUAGAAGACGCAUCUUGUGGUUCUGAUAAAGUUAAUUUUGAAGAUUUCAAACAAUUAACUUCUGUUCAUGUCAAUGCAACGGAUGAUCAAUUCCUUGCCAGUGGGUACUCAAAAGGCGUUGCUCUAUAUGACAUUAGCACCGGGAAACGUUUACAAAUGUUUACUAAUAUGCAUCGAGAAGCUAUUAAUGUCGCUAAAUUUGCUCAUCACUCUCCUUUUAUGUUCGCUACAUCUUCAUUUGACAAAGAUGUGAAGAUGUGGGACCUGAGGGAGAGACCCGAUAACCCUUGCUAUACCGCUUCAAGCUCCCGAGAAAAUGUUAUGGUUUGCUUUUCACCUGAUGAUCUCUAUCUCCUCGUUUCAGCCAUUGAUAAUGAGGUUAAGCAACUUUUGGCAGUAGAUGGAAGGCUCCAUAUGAAUUUCAACAUAGCUUCAACCGGAAGUUCUCAUAACUACACUCGUUCAUAUUUCAUGAAUGGAAGAGAUUAUAUCAUUAGUGGAAGUUGUGACGAACAUGUUGUUCGCAUAUGCUGCUCUCAAACGGGAAGACGACUUAGGGAUGUCUAUAUCGAGGGUAUGGAUUCAGGAAAUUCUGUCUUUGUGCAGUCCUUAAGGGCUGAUCCUUUCAGGCAUUUUAACUUCAGUGUCUUGUCGACCUCUAUGCGACCCACAUCAAAGCAGGAGAUCAUCAAGGUCAAUUUGCUUGCCUCUAGUCACUACGCGGAUGAAUCUUCUCAUGAUCAAGGUAUUUAUUCUUACAGUGGUCUUGAAGUUUAAUCUUGGUAUCUCCAUCAAGAUAUCUAUGUAUAUAAAAAGAGACUACCCCUUUGUUUUGUAAAUAUAUGAUUUACUGCAACUGUAUGUAUAUGUUGGGUUUAAAAUAGGUGUAAAAGUAAAACUCAGAAAAAUAAGAAAAACUGUGUAUAAUUUAUUUU